GCGGCAGCGCUGUCCGCCGCGGCGGCCGGAGCGGGCCGGGCCGGGCCGGCGGGCCGGGGGAUGGCGCUGCUGGACCUGGCCCAGGAGGGAAUGGCCUUGUUCGGGUUCAUCCUCUUCGUGGUGCUGUGGCUGAUGCAUUUCAUGUCCAUCAUCUACACCCGAUUACACCUCAACAAAAAGGCAACAGACAAGCAGCCUUAUAGCAAGCUCCCCGGCGUGUCUCUUCUGAAGCCACUGAAAGGGGUGGACCCUAACCUCAUCAACAACUUGGAAACAUUCUUUGAACUGGAUUAUCCCAAAUAUGAAGUACUCCUUUGUGUACAGGAUCAUGAUGAUCCAGCCAUUGAUGUGUGUAAGAAGCUGCUUGGAAAAUACCCCAAUGUUGAUGCUAGAUUAUUUAUAGGUGGAAAAAAGGUUGGCAUUAAUCCUAAAAUUAAUAACUUGAUGCCAGGUUAUGAAGUUGCAAAAUAUGAUCUCAUAUGGAUUUGCGAUAGUGGAAUAAGAGUAAUUCCAGACACACUAACUGACAUGGUCAAUCAAAUGACAGAAAAAGUAGGCUUGGUUCAUGGGCUACCUUAUGUAGCAGACAGACAAGGCUUUGCUGCCACGUUAGAACAGGUGUAUUUUGGAACUUCACAUCCAAGAUCUUAUAUCUCUGCCAAUGUAACUGGCUUCAAGUGUGUGACAGGAAUGUCCUGUUUGAUGAGGAAGGACGUGUUAGAUCAAGCAGGGGGGCUUAUAGCUUUUGCUCAGUACAUUGCUGAAGAUUACUUUAUGGCCAAAGCAAUAGCUGACCGAGGUUGGAGGUUUGCAAUGUCUACUCAAGUUGCCAUGCAAAACUCUGGUUCCUACUCAAUUUCUCAGUUUCAAUCCAGAAUGAUCAGGUGGACCAAAUUGAGAAUUAACAUGCUUCCUGCUACAAUAAUUUGUGAGCCAAUUUCAGAAUGCUUUGUUGCCAGUUUAAUUAUUGGCUGGGCAGCCCACCAUGUGUUCAGAUGGGAUAUCAUGGUAUUCUUCAUGUGUCACUGCCUGGCCUGGUUUAUAUUUGACUACAUUCAACUCAGGGGUGUCCAGGGUGGCACACUGUGUUUUUCAAAACUUGAUUAUGCAGUGGCUUGGUUCAUCCGCGAGUCCAUGACAAUAUACAUUUUUUUGUCGGCAUUAUGGGACCCUACUAUAAGCUGGAGAACUGGUCGCUACAGAUUGCGCUGUGGAGGAACAGCAGAAGAAAUCCUAGAUGUGUAACUACAGCUUUGUGACUGUAUAUAAAGGAAAGGAAAGACAAGAAGUAUUAUAAAUUAUGUUUCUAUAAAUGCUUUUAAGGACCUACCUUCAAUAGUUUUAUCACAUGUAUGUUUUGGUAUCUGUUCUUUAAUUUAUUUUGCAUGGCACUCACAUCUGUGAAAAGGAGAAAAUAACAAAAACAAAACACAUCUGUAGUCUUGGCCAAAUAGCAUACUUUAUUUUGUGGAAGUCGAGAAUCAAGAGCAUUGGUUCUAGGAACCCUGGGUUUGUUUUUUGUUGUCAUUUAUUUUUUUAAACAAAUAAAUAUAUACACAUAUAUAUGAAUGCUCUGCAACAAACACUAUGACUGUAUCCUUCAGUAGGGAAAGUUUCUUACCUGUGAGAACAUUCUGAGAACGUGUGUGGGAGGGUCAGCAGCUUUCUGAGAGCUGAGGAGAGAACAGGUGGUCCUGGCCUUGUGUCUGCAGUGAACGAUCGCAGCGAGGUACUGAGAAACUUUUUCAUGCUUUAUGCCUACCUCUUGUAGUUGUUGCAGAGCAAAUAUAAAUUGUAAUAAGGUAGCUAGGCCUUUCAAAAACAAAUGGAAAAACUUUAAAAAAUAAUAAUAAUAAAAGAGCUGGAGUCUAGUAUUUAUAUGAAUCCAUGAGAGAUAUUUUUUUGGUCUCACUGCAAUGAACCAAAAGUGGCUGAGUUUGGUUUUUAAUUGUAACCACGAAUAGAAGGCAUCUUUUUGACCAACUGUUGUUGGUUCUGUCUUGAACCAUUGUUAAUCACUGUGCUGUAAUUAGAAUAGCUAAAUCUUUCCUUCCUUGCUCCUUGCCCCAGCCUACCCCUGUUUUUCCUUAACAUUUUUUCAGGGGGGGAUUGGGAUGAUUUUGUUUUAGUGUGAGUGAAUGUUUUGAUAGUUGUAAGGAAAAAUGCAUUUCAGACACAUUUCACACAUGAGCUAUUUUCUUACACAGUAUGUCUUAUUGUUAAUAAGAAUGUAAUUUCAUGAUACAGGUAUUUAAUAUCUUUUUUAGUAAGUAAAUAUUCUAGCUAUCAGUAAAUAAAUUGCAGUAGAGAAUUAAGAGAGGACAGGAUGGGUUUUACUCUUAAAAUCAAUCAGUAUCAAACUAAGUCUACUGUGUAUGUUGUUGUUUUGUUUUUGUUUUUUACUACGAUAGUCUAGUCUUAUUUAAAUUGGAUUUUUGUAUUCCAGUUUGUAUGACAGAAUAGACUAAUGAGCGCCCAUUGUAAAUGCCCGCUGGGCUUCACUCUCCUCCAUCAUGCGGCUAAACUUGCUUGUCAGGUUGUGCUUAAUUUGUGGUGAACUGGACUUUUGUUUAAGCAAAAAUGUAAGGGACAAUGCAUAAGCCUUCCUCCCCCAACCCCCCUCCUUAAGUGGUAUUUUGCUUUUCCCCUGGUGGCAUGCUGUCCAUCUCCUGCCUGCUGCUCACACUGGCAGUAUGGCAGCUUCCGGUCCUAGUGUUCUAUGGCUUCCAUGUCAAUGCAUAGCAUGUAGCAUAUUAGCAAUAACUACCUAUUUACAGAGAACCAUUUUUUCACCUUACUGAGCCAAUUCAUUUAUCUAAUGACUAUAUACAAGGUUUAAAUUGCAAUAUAUCUAUAAAUGUGUAUAUUCUACAUAGACACAUCUAGUGGAAGUUUUUCUGGGCCAAACUGUGCUGUCCUGUCUUUUCUUCCUCCCUCCCUUCUUCUCUUUUGCCUUAUGAUGAAUUUGUUUGAAGGGCAUUUUCUUCAUGAGCAAAGGCUUGGAUGCAUAUUCCUUUCUUUAUGUGAAAUGGGUAAUAUUGUUCCCUGAGGAAAGUUG